AUAUGAUUGGAACAAAGCGAUAUCUUUUGGUAUUUAUCGAAAAAUGCAUUUCACGCCGUUUUUACCGGAACAUUUCAAAUAUGCCGAUUGACGAUGAAAAAUCAAAAUGUGCAAAAGAUAAAGGAAAUGGUCAAAAGUCGAAAAAAGAGGCUAAUGUUAACAUCAAACCUCAAUUAAAAAAUUAUGAUUCCUUUUCACCAGAUCAUAAAGGUGACAUAAAAGUUUGCAUGAUUGGAGGCGGCGAGUCAUUAAUGUACGCUGCUGUUCUUCUAAAACAAUUUCGUCUUAUAAAACGAAUACAUGUGGUAGAUACAAAAGAUUCAUUGGCUAAUGCAAUUUUAGAUAUUAGUCAUAUUGACACUUCACCUCGUGUAAAAUAUUUUAAAAGAAAACAUUUAAAAGAAGCUCUUGAAGAAAUAGAUAUUAUCGCAUUGAUGGAUGAGACAAAUGCUAAUAUUGAUGUAAGUCCCGCAGCACAAUUUGAGGCUGCAUCGACAUACGUGAGCGAAAUGGCUGAACAAAUGGUACAAUUGAGUUCAGAAUCUUUAGUAGCUGUUUUUACUCGGCCAGUAACGGCUAUACUUCCCAUGGUGUCAGAAAUUUACAAACUUGCUGGAUGGUGGGAUCCAGACAGAAUUAUUGGUUCCACUGCACAUGAUCGUAUGCGAAUGGAGGCAUUAACCGCGAAUCUUCUGGAUUUAAAUCCUGCAUUCUUAUCAGUUCCAAUGGUUGGCGGGGCAGAUUCGAACACUAUUGUUCCUCUUUUGUCGUGUGCUUCUCCAAUCAAUCGAUUUAACAAUACGCAACAAGAAAUGUUGUUACAAUCAUUACGUACCGCAGAUAAAGAAAUGGCAAAUAUUGAAUUUAAAGGUCCAGUGUUGUCUGAUGGAGCUGCAGCUGCCAAAUUGAUCCUUGCGCUUGUCGAAGGACUUAGCGGUUAUAAAAAUGUUAUUUCCUCUGCUUAUGUACGAUCAAAUAUUUUGCCGGGAUGUCGAUACUUCACCAGCCAAUUGCAAUUCGGCCCAGGCGGUAUACAAAAAAAUUUUGGACUACCAAAAAUGUCUGCUGCGGAAAUAGUACUUGUAGAACAGGCAAUCCCUUCUAUCAAUGAAUAUAUCGAAAUGGGAUUGAAAGCAGUACAUAAUAAUAGACAUAUCACACUGAAAACUGUAUAAAUUCAUUUUAUUUUUUAUAAAUGAUUUCAUCUUAUAUAAAAAUUAUACAACUCCAUGGAGUUAAUAUCUUUGUUAUUAAAUGCAAACUAGCU